UGACGUUCUCGCCGCCCGUCCAUCCUGCCAGUUUGCGAGCCAUGUUUUCGGUGGUGGGGCUGCCGCAGACCCAUCUGCUAGGGUCUCUAGCUUUCACCUGACUGUCGGAGGUUCCCGAGGCGCACGUGCGGUGGAUACCUCCGCCCCCUUGGGAGGCGGGGUCUUGCUCAGAGCCAAUGAGAGCUUGGGGGGGUGGAGGGGUAGGGAAGCUUCCAGAUAGGCAGACAGGGAGGAGGUUAUAAAGGGGGUACGAGGAAGCCAGCGGGAGAGCCAUGCAGUCCAAGCGGGAGUGUGAGCUAUGGUGUGAGAGGGUGAAUCCAGAGAACAAGGCGGCGCUGGAGGCGUGGGUCAGGGAGACGGGCAUCCGCCUGGUGCAGGUGAACGGGCAGAGGAAGUAUGGCGGGCCACCCCCAGGAUGGGUGGGCAGCCCGCCGCCAGCCGGGUCAGAGGUGUUUAUCGGGCGGCUACCCCAGGAUGUGUACGAGCACCAGCUGAUCCCACUGUUCCAGCGUGUGGGCCGCCUCUACGAAUUUCGCCUGAUGAUGACCUUCAGCGGCCUUAACCGCGGCUUCGCUUACGCCCGCUACAGCUCGCGGCGCGGCGCCCAGGCGGCCAUCGCCACGCUGCACAACCACCCGCUGCGGCCGUCCUGCCAGCUGCUCGUGUGCCGAAGCACCGAGAAGUGCGAGCUGAGCGUGGACCGGCUGCCGCCGGGUCUGAGCCGCCACGCGCUACUGCUCGCGCUGCAGCCCCUGGGCCCUGGCCUGCAGGAGGCGCUGUUGCUGCCCAGCCCCGGGCCGGCGCCCGCGCAAAUCGCGCUGCUCAAGUUCAGCUCGCACCGCGCCGCAGCCAUGGCCAAAAAGGCUCUAGUGGAAGGGCAGUCACGCCUCUGUGGAGAGCAGGUGGCUGUGGAGUGGCUCAAGCCAGACCUGAAGCAGCGACUCCGUCAGCAGCUCGUUGGUCCCUCACUGCGGUGCCUACAGCCAGAGAGCAGUCAAUUGGCCCUAGCCGGGGACAAGCUAGAGUUCCAAGGGGCUCAGGCUACCCUGCAGCUGAUGUGCCAACAGAUGAACCUGGGUAGCCCGGUGUUCCUCACCAAGUGUUUGGGCACAGGCUUUGCUGGCUGGCACCGCUUCUGGUACCAGGUGGUGAUCCCUGGGCAUCCAGUGCCCUUCAGUGGCCUCAUCUGGGUUGUGCUUGCCCGGGAUGGGCAGGAUGGGCAUGAGGUGGCCAAGGAGGCUGUGUCUGCACAGCUGCUGGAGGCACUGAGUGAGUCUGGGGCCAGCCUCCUGCGGUCUUUUGGGGCUGAGGCAGGUACAAUGGUUCAGCAGUGACCUCAUCUUCUCCACAGGCAGCCUGAACAAGUAGGCGGGGUCUGUUUCAGUCCUUGGCCCAGCAGGCCUGGGCAGCCACCAUCUAAUCCCAAGAAGGGGAGGAGCAUGGACCCUGCACUAGGCCUGACACAGCCUCCCAGCUGGGGCAGGGCCCCAGUGCAUCUGGGACAGCUCAGGUUUGGCUAAGUUGUGGUAAGGGACCUUGCCUUCCCCUCCUAGCCCAUGGUCUGACCUGACCCCAUUGUUGUUCUGUGUGACGCACACCCACCCACCCUCUCUCCCACAGCUUAGCAUGAAUCUUUGCUUCUUAUUUUCUUGAUUUGUCUUUGUUGAUGUUUUUAUUUGAAGGCUGGCUAAGCCAAAAGGUCAGAAAUGUGCCUUUGCCCCCACCACUUGGCAUUCUGGUUUUGGUGUAUGUGUAGUUUUGACUUUUUCUAUGCUGGUUGUAUUUAUAUUAAACCCCUGGUUGGUGUA